AUGUCCGGACGAGGAAAAGGCGGCAAGGGUCUCGGCAAGGGUGGUGCUAAGCGUCACCGCAAGAUCUUGCGAGACAACAUCCAGGGUAUCACCAAGCCCGCUAUCCGACGUCUCGCGCGUCGUGGUGGUGUUAAGCGUAUCUCUGGGCUUAUCUACGACGAGACCCGUGGUGUCCUCAAGCUCUUCCUUGAGUCGGUUAUCCGCGACUCGGUCACUUACACUGAGCAUGCCAAGCGCAAGACCGUCACCUCGCUCGACGUUGUCUACGCUCUUAAGCGCCAAGGCCGAACCCUCUACGGUUUCGGUGCUUAA